AAUUUUCUCGGUAAUCGCUCCCCGUUGGGUGGCAGGUGAGUAAUUUCGAAAAGUGCUGUGACUGCAACUUACCAAUUAAAUUGCUCUUCAGAUUCAAUGUGAAAAACAAAUUCGACGCGAGGUCCGGGGCAGCUCUAACCGAAGUAUGUGUGCUGGCGCGAGCACGACGUGUGUUUUGUGCGCAGAUGAGCGUCAGAUAUUUGGUGGCUGUGUGUCAACUUCUUUUGAUAGUUAAAUUACAACCACACAAAAGCGCGACGCCCGCUAACAAAAUUCAGACGCUUUGCUCCAGCAUUACUAUGUUCUAGUCAUUCGCGGGGCCAAGUAUAAGAACGCAUUUUGCUCGAGCCCGUGGCUUGAGAAUAAAUGUCGCUUUUUCAAAAUCUAUUCUGUACCAGAAAUUCGAAUACAGAAUUGAUUUCAGUUGAUCCGCGUGCACACGCAAAGCACCGCUAUACCUACUUACAGUCACCUAAUCGUCGUUUCGUUUGAUUAACAGAAUUGACAGAGUCAGGUGCCUAAUUAUUCGAGCGCUAAGAUGUUUCAGCAAUAGUGUUUUAAAUGUUUUUAUAGAAACAAAUGUUUCAGUUGCUAAUUCUGCUUUCUUUUGUCCAAUGCAAGCAUAUAGGAUAUCCGUAAGAUAGAAUAAAUACGUCAAUGCAAUUCCCGUACUAUUAUGCGCCCCCCAUAGAGAAUUUGAACGUAAAUGUAACUCCUGUAGUGAAAUCAGAACACAUUUCCCGAUCUGUUCUGUCUAAUCCAAUAUACAGUACUGUCAAUCCUAGUUAUGCGAACCUUGGUCAAUCAUACGUUAUCCAAAACCCGCAGGUUCAGCCACCUCUGCUGUAUCAGGCACCCGGCCCUUUGUAUAGCGGCGUUGCGCCGGCACCAACGCAUGUCAACGUAGCUCCGACGCCCAACAGCCUGGCGGAUAACGUGAAUCAGAAUUAUGUCAUAUGCACUUCUGUCAAUGCUCCCGCUGAUGCCAGGCCCAUGUUUGCGCCGUCUGGUCAGCCCGUGACGUACCAAGCUGCCAACCCGUCCUGGCCUGGCAAUAGCGGUGUUUCGUCGUUUCUCGACGGGUGUCCCUCGCAAGCGUCGGAUCCUGCUAGUUUUUGCCAACCGGCUGCAGCGUCUUAUGUCUCGAACGAACCGACCUUCAAUUCUGCCGACGCCUAUAGACCUGUUUCUUUCAUUGAGGAUACGCGUCGACCUGUGUCGCCCGUGACCGUUUAUCCACGCCAGCUCAGUAAUACCUCAUACACAAAAAAUCCUGAUCAAGAUAGGCGCUAUCCGUAUUCGACAGCUACGUUUCGGUCCUCGAGAAACUUGGAUUUAAAUGGUCAUCAGUAUCCGCCGCGGUAUGAAGAUGUAGGUUCCCAACUCGGGGGCCAGAAUUCGUUUAGAUGGAUGGAUUCUGGUCGCGUGACGAGUAACGUACCUCUCCAGCGCACCUUUUCUAGCCCCCCUGUCGCAGUUCAGAACCAGAACCGACCUUUCAACUUCUACCAAAGCCGCACCGAUCGGACGCAAGAUGGUGCAUCGGGCAGCACAGGUGAUGCGAGCCUCUGCCCCGGACCAAGCUAUGCGAACCUGAAUCCCGCUGCUCGAAUUCCGGACCAUUUGAAAUCAGAGCCGGCUCGAGCUGCACUUUCGCACGAAGAUGGUAUCUCGAAGCAGGAGGACCCUCAACGCCGAAAGUCACCGGAAACGCUUCGCGUUAGUCAGCAACCCUCCUCAUCGUCGACGAAGUCGACUGCUUCACAGGACCAGUCGCAGGGUAAAAAAAGCGCGGAAGAAAGAGAUUCGAAACCUCGAGACGUAUAUCGUGAGGUGAACAACGCGCAACACAAUCUAUUCAUGCAGCAAAUGAAACUGGAAGAAACGUCGCAAGAAAGUUCGAGAAGUAACCGAGCGCUGAACCAAGAACGCCACGCAUCUGUCUCCGGAAAGUUGAGCAUUCCGCAAUUGCCUGACGUCAACAAUCACAACAUAUUUAUGCGCCAGAUGGAGAUAGAAAAAGCGUCACAAAGUUCGAAAAGCAGCCGAGCACCAAACCGAGAAUCUCGUUCAUCUGUCGCCGAGAAAUCAAUUGUUUCGCCACUGUCUGUUGUCAACAACGACGAAUUGAUCGAAAGUUGGAGAAAUGACUUCGAGAUUCAGGGCAAUCUGCUUAAAGACGAGAAGGCUAUAGAGAUGAGACAAGACCGGUUAGAGGAUCGAACAAAGUUGGGAACUCCUCAGGCGAAACAGCCUCUCACCAAAGAAGAAAAGACCAUCAGGUUUUCAGAACAGCAAAAGCGGCUGCAUGGCAGUUUUUACUCGGCACUUAUCGACACGGCCAAAGUCGUCACUUCUAACAUAUUGCGAAUAACCAAUUUAGUGUCUCAGUUUAGCAGCCAGCUGGCCGUAACUAAUUCUGACGAAAGGAUGUUCUUCAACGACCUUCUGGCGCACUUGGACAAAACACAGCACACGCUCAAAACAGUAAUCCAAAGGAACGUUUUGAACAUUAAUGAGCAAGUUCACGCCUCUAUUUCUACAAACAUCAAUAACCUAACCGAGUGCGUGAGGUUGUUCAUAUCCAUUUCGCACAAAUUGGUAACGAACAGCGACUCCUUGGAUCGCGACUUGCCGCUGUACCGAAAGCCAGAGUUUAUCAUAGUGAUGAAGAGGGCGACGGCCGUCCAUGUACAGACGAAGCAUCUGAUCAACCAGCUGGAGGAAAUCAAACUCUUCGGACAGGGCACCACCGAUGGCGCGAGAGUUCUGUCUGUCCUCAAAUCUGAAACGGAAGCGCCCAGGGUACCUCGAGAAACGCCGUGUACUCCAGUGCGGACAGAAGAGCCGUCCAAGGUGCCUUCUUUGCCGCCUAGACCGGUCGACCGGGCGCUUCCCGUGCCGCCUGCACCGGAUGUCGGGAAGGUCGACCUGAGUCGCUACAACUCGGAGAAAAUCGAGUAUUUACAACGAGUUAUACGCAGGCAUUUGGUUGCGCAGAUAGAACUGAAAAAGAAGGAAAUAGCAGAAGACAAGUUGAAUCACUUUUUGUGCGUUUCGAAGGAAAUUUACGAUACAGAAGUCAGCUAUAUGGAGUCAAUCGAGAUCGUUUACAGGUAUUUUUACAUUCCGUACCGAGCCCAGUUGGAGUUGAGAAAUCCGGUUUUGACAUACGAUGAGAUCAACACUAUAUUUUCCAAGCUGGAUCCUAUAUACACACUUUCCAAAAAACUGGUGUCCGAGUUCCGAACUUGUUUGGAACAAUGGCCAAAAAAAACUUUCAGCGAGGUUUUCAUCAAAUACGCGGACGACAUGCUUGUAUAUUCAGAUUACAUAAUUAAUUUUGACAGUGUCACCGAGCUACUGAGCAGACUUCAUCAAGAUCCAAGAUACGUAGAGCUUGAAAAUAAAUGCAUCGAAGUGUCUCAGCAGCUCCUGAAUCUGCUCGCUCUGCUCGUCAUGCCGGUUCAGAGGAUACCUCGAUACGUAUUGCUUCUGAAACAGCUGAUCAGUUACGCCGAUGCAGUCUACUUCGAUUACAACGCGCUCGUUGAGGCGUUGGAGCGCGUAAAUGAGCUUUGCGCAACCAUCAACGAGCAGAAACGAAAAUUCGACAACAAUAAGCGAUUGCAGGCUGUUUACGCGCAAAUGGGCCCCUCCCAGCAAAGGGUCUCGCAGCUGUUGUCCGACAAUGCCAGCAUCUACAUCACCGAGGAGUUUUUGCAGCUUGAACGAGGGGAAAAAAUUUGGACAAAGUGCUUCUUGUUCAAUAACAUGCUGGUCGUUGCGAGAGCGUCCAAAAACGGCGCGCCACCCCCAUACAUUUAUAUAGAGCAUUUUAUGUUGAAGAACGUUGGUGUCAUCUCUAAGAAAAAGCACAGAAGGAGCAUUUAUAUCUGGGACAAAACGGGCACCAAUCCUGAUUGUGAUGCAACUUUACAUUUUGAAAGCGAAAGGAUCUGCGCGUUGUGGCUCAAAGAGAUGCUAGAGACGAUCGAGACCCUUUUGCUCCAGGACAUGUUGGACGAGGGAAUACAUAUCGAAAUCAAAGGUGAAAUGUUAAAGCAGAGCUUGGUGAUCAUUUCUGCUACCUACGGCGACUUAGGCAGAGAAGAAUACUGUAUCGACGUUACUUUAGCACUUCAGAACUUGGUCAAACAAGAAGGCGGACGUUCACUGACCCUGCCGGCAACAUCGAAAGCCAAACUCGCGGGAUUUACUGAUCCAUGUAAAGGUAAAAAAAAGAGUCUCUUAAUCGUAUAUACAACUGGGUCUAUGUUACAUACAAAAACCUUCCGAGACGACGUGGCCAUCAGUAUUGUGGUACCAGACGAAGGCGACCGUACAUAGGUACAUAGUAAUAAAAGUUAGUAAGCACUGUAGGACUUUUUAGACUG